GGGGCGCGGUGGCGGUUGGAGCAUGGCGGCGCCCUCGGCCCCGCGGCCGCCCCGGCCCCGCAAGGAGCCGCAGCCGCUCGUCAUCCCGCGGAGCGCCGCCGAGGAGCAGCGCCUCCGCCUCGAGCGGCUCAUGAGGAACCCGGAAAAGACUGUACCAAUUCCUGAAAAACUGAAUGAAUGGGCACCACGACCUCCCCCGGAGUUCGUUAGAGAUGUGAUGGGUUCCAGUGCUGGAGCUGGGAGUGGGGAGUUUCAUGUGUACCGGCAUCUUCGUCGGCGAGAGUACCAGAGGCAAGAUUUCAUGGAUGCCAUGGCUGAGAAGCAAAGACUAGAUGAGGAAUUCCAGAAGAAACUGGAGAGGAAUAAGAUGAUUGCAGAAGAACAAACAGCAAAACGCAGAAGGAAGCGCCAGAAGUUAAAAGAGAAGAAACUGCAAGCUAAGAAAAAUAAACUUGAACAAAAGAAGCAGGAAAAAGAACCUGGUCAAUCUCAAGAGCGAGUCAGCAGUGAGGAUGAUGAAGAGGAUAGCAAGGAGGAGGAAGAGAAGGAAGAUGAUGCUGAAGAGCCCAGUUUUGUGAUGGGAAGAGGAUGAGGCCUUUCAGGGACAGCUGGAAACACUGUUCAUUGCUUUAUAUUCAGGAGCAUGAAAGUCUUUCAUCUCAGCCAAGCAGAACCCAUUGGCGUACGUUGUAUCUGCUUAACCGUGAAUGGCCUUCACGACACAGGCCCAAGAGAUACUGAUAGAGAAAUGCCAAAUAAGAGAUUUUUUUCUUAAUUGCUUGUAUAACUGCUGUGCAGUCUGCUCUAAGUUUGCUCUAAAGAGUCAGCCAUAAGUCUCUGUGACCCUAGAGUUCUUUCUAACAUGGCCCAGAGUGUUUUUCUGCCUGAAAGCUAAAACAUAUCCAUUACCAUUUAAGGAAAAUAUUACUGUGAGGGCUACGUAUUCUACUUAUGUCAAAGCUGGUAGCAGUGGGAUACAUGAAUCUAAGGGAAGAGUAUAACCUAAAGUAGAAAAGUGGUCUGUAGCCAGACUCUCCUGCACUGUGAGUGUUCUGAAUUUGGGGUUUUGUAUGGGGUCAUCUCUAACCCAAAGAAAUCAGUUUAUGUUGCUAGACAAGUUCUAUAGAUUUUUAAGCAGGAUCCCUUUUUUAUUGCUAAAACUUUCCUUAUUACUUUUCUUCUGUGUUUUUUAAAUGAAUAAAGGGGAUGUGUUGGA